UCGGUAUAUACUCGCAAUUUACUUUAAAUUCUGCAAAAUAUAAACAACUCAUCUUCAUGUAUAUUUGCUCCUAUAUUUUCAGGUAGAUAUAUAGGAUGUUAUUUAUUCAUUGAAAAACAUUUUACUUUUUUUAUUGUGAUGCCUUCUAAGAAACGUCGUGAUCUAAAAGGAAUUUCCAGCAGCUGACUUCAUUCCGAUGGGAUGCAGCACAUCUAUUGCAGGGGAGCAAAAGAAAAAGCUUGACAACGUCUCAUCAUCUAUAUCUACGUCAAACUGUGCUGGGGUUAAAACGAUUGUCACAAUGCAAAGACAAGCAGAAACAUGUAAUUUGUCUGAAGAUGGUGAUGAAUCUAAUAGUGAAUAUGACGUAUUAACAAAUCAUGGAUCAGUAAAUCCUUCCAAUCUUAUUAAUUCUGGCAGAAAUUAUAUGCUGGUAAUUAAAACAAAUCAUAACAGAACCAAAGGUGUCUUCGUUAAUACUGACUUUCAGAAUGCUGCUUUAUUAUUGAAUGAAAUCGUCUCCUUUCUGCUUCAUCACGAACCGUCGACUUACAGGUCAGACAUGCAGCAGAAAUUAACACAGGAGGCAAAAGAGAAUCAGAUAGUUGAAAUUUAUUGUAAAAUUUGCGCUGAAAUAUUGGAAUCUGGAAGCAGCUCUGUAUAUCCUGGAUUAUCACCAGAACACAUUGAACCUGUACAUACCAUGUUGUGGUAUUUGUUGAACUGUUCUGAUGAAAACUCUGUUCUGAGUGGCAUUAUUUCUCAGCAAACACACUUCCUUAACAUAUCAACUGGAAAGCUACAACAGUGGACAGCUCCUCACUUUAGUGGAACUGAUGUGAAGUCUGUCGAAGGAUCAGAUAUUCUGGAAUGGCUCAUGACUAUACUACACAACAUUGCCAUGUUUGAAGAUAAUGUUCCAAAAGUUCGAGAUGUAAACUGCAUUGAAGCAAUGAAACCGUAUUUGGAUUCGAAAGAUAAUACAAUUCGACUACUGUGUUUAGCAACCCUAGCUGAUUUAGUGAACGAAUCAGAAAGUGAGAUAUUAAAGAGCAAUAGUGAAGUCUUUACUUUUUUAAUGUGGACAAUUUCGAUGGCUAUGGAAAAUGAGGAAAGAAAUUACGACGGCUGGUCUCUGGUGGAAUUAGCAAGAAUUGUUCAUCAAGUGGCAAGAAAUGACAACAAUAAGAGAACAGUUGUACAACAUGGUGCUGUUCCUCUUCUUGUGAAAAUCAGUGACAGUGGCAACAUCGAGGAACAACGUGAGGCUGUACGUGCUAUCUGGACGUUAUCAUUUGAUGAAAAAAACAGAACAGAGAUGAUAGAGACGGAAAAAUGGAAGGUGAUAGAGACAUUAGAAAAAAUGUCCCAAUCGUCAGACCAAACAGUAAAAAGAAUUAGCAAUAAAGCUUUAUGGACGAUAACAGACCACCAAAAAAGCUUGCAAACUCGAAUUGGUGGUUUGCAAGACGGCAAACCAAUAGGAAAUGCCAACAGACACAUUAUGAUCAGUUACAACUGGGGACACCAACCAAUGGUAAAACAGAUACGUGAUAGUUUAAGGAACAGUGGUAUCAAAGUAUGGAUGGACGUAGAUGAUAUGCAAGGGUCAACACUGCAGGCUAUGGCUAAAGCUGUUGAGCAGGCGGAUAUCGUACUUGUUUGCUAUUCAUUUAAAUAUAAGAACAGCGAUAACUGUAGAGCUGAGGCAGAAUACGCAUUUCAAUUGAAGAAAAAGAUAAUACCAUUAAAAAUGGAAAUGAAUUACAAGGCUGAUGGUUGGCUAGGGUUAAUUAUUGGUGCCAAACUGUUUUAUGACUUCAGUGGAAAAUAUCCAUUCGAGAAAAAAACAAACGAAUUGAUCCGAGAAAUACUGGAGGCAUUGAACAGAAGUACAAAAGUACUGGUAGAGGUACCAGAUCAUGUUGUUAAAUCACACCAGGAGCCAAUAUUGCAAGCAGAGAUACCAGUGAUGUCGGGUGCACAACCAAAGGAAGGAAAGACUACUGUAAUUAACACAGUGAGGAAAUGGACACCUUCCCAAGUAGAAAAAUGGCUAGAUAAUAAUAGUCUGCCGAAAAAAUUGCUGGGGCGUUUAAGAGGAAAAGACGUCGCAUUUCUCCGGCUCCUUGUACAGGAGUGUCCAAGUACAUUCUACCAAACAAUCAGGGAUCAAUUGGAUUUAAAGGAUGUAAAAUCAAUGUCGGAUUUCCGGUUUGCUUUGGAGGACCUCGACACAGACGCGCAUUCCUCUUCAUCUUUGUGAUAUUUCCAAAUAUGACAAACUAGAAAAUAAACAAAGCACACGAUGUACAGUUUUUUAAAUGACUCCUAGCUGAGAUGAUGAUAGAGCAGAUUGAGAAAAACCUCGAGAAAACAUUGUCAACCGAGACAAAGCUGCCAAAUUUGAUAUCAAUCUUAUAAAUGUUAAUAUGAAAUGUUGAAUAAAAUAAUUAGCAGUUAGAA